UAGUUUCCAUGUAAUCCUGUUUUCAAAGGCAGUCGGUCCGACAUGGCGACCCUGGAGCAACCUUGUUUCGGAACAAUCAACGUCUAAACUCUUCAUUUAGAUCUGCCCAACUACUGCAAUCGCGGGGAAAUAUUAGCUAAUUCACCCUGGAAUAUAGUCAUACCGGGGAGGAUUCGAUUUUACGACAAAAGAGAGCGCAGAGGCUGCCGGGACUGUGAAGAUGGGUGAGGCAGAGCCGAGGCUGAAUGCAGGCCAGCGACUGGGGACCCAAGAGAGUGUGGGCAUCAGCACCCUAGAGCCCGGGCUGAGGCCACCCGCCAUGCCCCCAGGGAGACACGUCUCCAUCAAAGUCCAAAUGCUGGAUGACACAGCGGAAGUGUUUGAUGUGUCGCAAAGAGCUCCAGGGAAGAUGCUAUUUGACCUGGUGUGUAGCCAUUUGAAUCUCAUUGAGGGAGACUACUUUGGCCUUGAAUUCCAGGACCACAGGAAAAUGACAGUGUGGCUGGACCUGCUGAAACCCAUUAUGAAGCAAGUCAGGAGACCCAAACACACCGUGCUGAGAUUUGUGGUGAAGUUCUUCCCUCCUGAUCACACUCAGCUGCAGGAAGAGUUAACAAGGUACCUCUUUGCCUUACAGAUCAAGCAGGAUUUGGCCACUGGCCGCCUCACUUGUAACGAUAGCAGUGCUGCCCUCCUGGUCUCUCACAUUAUUCAAUCUGAGAUUGGAGAUUUUGAUGAAGCCCAGAACCAGCAACACCUCCGGAAAAGCAAGUACAUUCCUGAUCAAGAUGUGCUGAUUGACAAGAUCAAUGAGUUUCACCGCAAGCAUGUUGGGCAGACACCAGCAGAGUCGGACUAUCAGCUCCUUGAAAUUGCUCGACGGCUGGAGAUGUAUGGAAUCCGGAUCCAUCCUGCCAAGGAUAGAGAGGGAACCAAACUCAAUCUGGCUGUGGCCCACACUGGAAUCUUAGUGUUUCAGGGUCACACAAAGAUCAAUGCUUUUAACUGGUCUAAGGUGCGGAAGCUGAGCUUUAAACGGAAACGAUUUCUCAUCAAGCUGCGCCCAGACUUGAAUCAGAGCACCUACCAAGACACGCUGGAGUUUCUGAUGGCCAGCCGGGAUUGCUGCAAGGUAUUCUGGAAGAUCUGUGUGGAGUAUCACGCUUUCUUCAGACUUUUUGAGGAACCUAAGCCCAAACCCAAGCCAGUUCUCUUCAGUAGAGGCUCUUCUUUCAGAUUCAGUGGUCGGACACAGAAGCAGGUGCUUGAUUAUGUCAGGGAUUCAGAAUUCAAAAAGGUUCCCUUUGAAAGGAAGCACAGUAAGAUCCAGUCUAACACAGGACUGUCUCCACAGCCUUCAGAGCGCCGGUCCGAAGUGCCAAAGCAAAGCCCCGGCAGCACUGCUGCAGACCAGCUGGACUCCCCAAUGAAAUCCUUGCGGCCAGUGAAGGAGCCGGCGACGGAGCCCGCGGACGAAGCCGGCGGAACCCAGCAGCGCCCCAGCCCCUCAUCCCGCCGGAGCCCCCACGAGGGUAGGAGGGCCGAGCUGAUGGAUGGGGGCAGCAAAGGAAAAGGCCAGCUCUCGCAGGGCAAGCAGCAAGUGGAGCAACCGAGCACAGGCUCUGCGACGAGCAGCCCGAGGUUGUCGGAGAACUCUGUGAACUCCCAGGCAGGCCUGGCGGCAAAGAAGCAAAUCCUGUCCCCUGGUCUGAGCCCAGACGCUAGGCAGCCCUCUCCCCUCACCAGCCCCCUGCUCAAUGACGCAGGGUGUGUGCGCACCGAUGAUGAGGACGAAGUCAGGAGGAAGAGGUUUCCCACAGACAAAGCUUACUUCAUUGCCAAAGAGCUGCUGACUACUGAGAGAACAUACUUGAAGGACCUGGAGGUUGUUAUCGUGUCCUUCCAGAAUGCUGUGGGAAAAGAUGAGGCGACGCCUGAUUCUCUCAGGAACAUCAUCUUCUCAAAUUUUGACCCCCUCUACAAGUUUCAUGCUGGGUUCCUGAAAGAAGUUGAGCAGAGACUUGCGCUGUGGGAAGGCCGCUCAAAUGCACACAUCAAAGGAGAUUACCAAAGGAUUGGCGACGUGAUGCUGAAGAACAUGCAGGGUUUGAAGCAACUCACCCCGCAGUUGCAGAAGCACUCGGAGGUGCUGAUGGAGCUGGAGAAAGCCUGCCGGAGCUCCCGGAAGCUGGAGGCUAUGUGCCGAGACUUCGAGCUCCAGAAGGUGUGCUACCUCCCCCUCAACAUCUUCUUCCUCCGGCCUCUGCACCGCCUCAUGCACUACAAGCAGAUCCUGGAGCGCCUCUGCAAGCACUACCCCCCGACCCACGUGGACUUCAGGGACUCCAGAGCUGCUCUUGCAGAGAUCUCGGAAAUGGCUGGCCAGCUCCAUGGUACCAUGAUAAAGAUGGAGAACUUUCAAAAGCUACUUGAACUAAAGAAGGAUCUGAUUGGCAUCGAUAAUCUUGUGAUUCCUGGACGGGAAUUUAUCCGACUCGGCUGUCUUAGCAAGCUUUCUGGAAAAGGCCUGCAGCAGCGAAUGUUUUUCUUGUUCAAUGAUGUUUUGUUGUACACAAGCAGAGGGAUGACAGCAUCAAACCAGUUUAAGGUCCAUGGGCAGCUCCCACUGUAUGGCAUGACAAUCCAAGAAAGCGAAGAUGAAUGGGGUGUGCCACACUCCUUCAGUCUCUUUGGGCAGAGGCAGACUGUGGUGGUGGCAGCAAGUUGUGCAGCAGAAAUGGAGAAGUGGGUAGAUGACAUCAAGAUGGCCAUCGAAUUGGCAGAGAAAUGCAAUGGGCCAUCCUCAGACUUGCUGGCUACAAGUUCUCCAGAAAACAAAUCUCCGGAGGACUCGGCUCUAGACCAGGAAUCGGAGGAUGAUCUUAGUGCCUCCCGUACUUCCCUAGAGAGGCAGGCCCCCAGCCGUGGUAAUACCACGGUGCAUGUCUGUUGGCACAGAAACACCAGCGUUUCAAUGAUCGACUUUAGCAUUGCCAUGGAGAAUCAGUUGUCUGGUAAUCUGCUGAGGAAAUUCAAGAACAGCAAUGGGUGGCAGAAGCUGUGGGUUGUUUUCACAAACUUCAGUCUGUUUUUCUAUAAAUCAUAUCAGGAUGAUUAUCCUCUGGCUAGCCUUCCCCUUCUUGGGUAUUCCGUCACCAUUCCUUCAGAGUCGGAAAACAUCCACAAGGAUUACGUCUUCAAACUGCAUUUCAAGUCCCACGUGUACUACUUCAGAUCUGAGAGCGAGUACACUUUUGAAAGGUGGAUGGAAGUCAUCCGAAGUGCCACAACCUCGGUCAGCCGCACACGGAUUUUAAGCCGGAAAGAUUCUCAUCCUUACUGAUCCAAAGAUGGGCUAGAGAUCAUAGCUGGCCCCUAGGUUCUGCUGGUCUUCUGAACACACCGUCGGCCCCAAGAGCAAUUGCUGAGCUUAGAAUCUCCUUGGUGAAGCAGCCGUGACCAGCGCAAUAACAUUUCAUUCCAGCCUGCUUCUUCGUCAUUUUUAACCAUUUUUUCACUUCUUGUAAACAUAAAUCUUACGCUCCCAACACAUCUGCCUGUCGGUCAGUGGCACAAUUCACAGUGCUUUAAAGGUACACGUGAGCCGACAUUAAAAGGGCUCGCAAUCUGAACAUUUACCAGGCUCUAAUCUACAUUCUAAUGUCACUUUCUACAAAUUUUAAAGUAUCUGUGAACCAUCUGGUGACAUGAUAGUUUUACACAUUGAAGUGUUUAUAAAUCUAUCAAAACAUGGGCUAAUCAAAAUAUUUUUUAACUAAGCUGUUGUUGAAUAUUUGUUGAAUAGGGGGAAAAAAAACUGAAUUUGCUACUCCAAAACAUUUUUUUAAAUAAAAGGACAAAGGCUGAGUUUUAAAUUUUACAACUUGAGUGCCAAACUGAUUUAUACCUAUUUCUCUGCUAGUGUCUUUCAGCCUUUAUAUAAUGUGAUUUUAAUAGUCUUUUGGUGGAAAAACUGGUUUCUAGAAUUGUCCAUUUUCUGCAACUCAAAAUAUAGAAAAUACUGUAGGCACCUUUUUCAAAGUUUUUUUAAGUUAAUUUUAAAUGUUUCAAGUAUGUAUGACUUGAUGAAUGGUUGUGUUCACAAUACCUUUAUGAUGUCAAUAUAUAUGUUAAAAAGGUUUUUAUCACUUUUGGGAUAGUACUUUUAAUAAGUCAAGGUGGGUAUCAUUGUCUGCUUAGACUGUUACCCUGCCACUGAGAGAAACACCAUUGUGUUUGAUCAUUAUAAGGACAACUUCAUCUGCACUGGCACUGAAGAAUUUUAGUAUCCAGGCUUCCAUUAUCAAAUUUAGGAGAAAUCUGUGUGGUUUUAUAAAGAAUUAACUGCAUCUUAUAUAUCUAUGAAAUGUUUCAAGUUGAUUGAAGCUUUGAAAAACAAAAAUUUCCUAAUACAAUUUCAUUUGUAUGAGUUCAUCUGAGAACCCAGGCUUUGCUUUCAGAUAUGGAAAUGAUCAAUCUAUAAAGGUAAAUGUCUAAAAUUUUCUUAAAGGUCAAGAAUAUCAAAAUAAAGUUUUUAAUCACCAUGGCCUGUAAGAUAAUUGGUAAAUGUUUUAUUCCUGAAGGAAAUCAUGCCUCCUACUAUGUGUCUAGGGAAAUGAAAGCAAUAAAACACAUUUAAUGAGC